AUGUUACGUACGAGACGUGAAGUCGUACCAUUUAAUCAAAUUCAAGGUAUUACAUCAACAAAUGUUUGUGCUUAUUCAAAUGGUGGUGAUCAUUUUUUUUCUGUUGAACGUAAUUAUUAUCAUGGAAUAUUUUUGGGUUUUAAAUGGGAAUGUAUUGAAUUUGCACGUCGAUGGUUAUUAAUGUCUAAAAGUUGUAUUUUUCCAAAUAUACUUCAUGCUGCUGAUAUAUGGAAUCAAUUACGGACAAUUGAACGUGUUACUGAUGGAAAACAAAUUUCAUUAACAUUACAUUUCAAUGGUUCCUAUGAAAAACCUAAACGUGAUUCAUUACUUAUUUAUCCACGUAGUUCAGCAUUACCAUUUGGACAUAUUGCUAUUAUAUGUGAUGUUAUAUCCGAUUAUAUACGUGUAGCUGAACAAAAUUAUGAAUAUUAUAAUUGGUCGGAUAAUUAUUCUCGUCAAAUUCCACUAAUAUUGAAAAAUAAUCGUUAUUAUAUUGAUGAUGAACAUGAAGUAUUUGGUUGGAUGACUAUUGAAGAUAGUGAAAAUUUAGAACCAUUAGAUGAAACAAAACUUGAUUUAAUUUUAAAACAAUAUCAACAAACAAAUUCUAUUGGAACAUUAGAACGUUGUAUAGUACCAAAUAAAAAUUCUCAUUUAACAUUUUCAUGGUUAAACGAAAAUGAUAAAGCUGAAAAUUUAUUUAUGAAUUUAUAUGGAAAUGAUUUAAUACGUACAGAUACAAAUACAUUACCUUACUAUAAAGCUAAUCAAGAUUUAUUAUUAAAUAUAGGUGGUGUAUCAAAUGAAUUACAUCAAAUGUUUCUUAAUGCAACAAACUAUGUAUUAAACAACGAUGAUUUAUUAAAAAAAUUUUGUAUACCAGAAAUUUUUUGGUCAAAAAUUCGUCAAUCAUGGUUAAAUGAAAAAUAUUUAACAAUGACUGGACGUUUUGAUUUAGCAUUUAAUGGUAAAGAAAUAAAAGUAUUUGAAUAUAAUGCUGAUAGUGCUGCAGCUUUAUUUGAAACAUCAAUCAUACAAGAAAAAUGGGCACAAAAACUUAAUUUUGAACGUACAUUUAUGUCUGGAUUUCAAAUACAUCAUAUUUUAGUUAAAAAUUGGAAAAAAUUUUCUUCUAUUGAACGUGUACAUAUUUUAAUUGAUGAAGAUCAAGAAGAAUUAUUAACAGCAUAUUAUAUGCAAAAUAUAUUAAAAGACGCAAAUAUUGAUUCAAAAAUAUGUAUUAUGACAAAUGAUUUAUAUUGGAGAGAUUCUAAAAUAAUUGAUAAUGAAGGUUAUAAUGUUGAAUUAGUAUGGAAAUUAUGGAUGUGGGAAACAAUUUUUAGUAAUUAUAUUCAAUGUGAAAAUGAAGGAAAUUUAAAUAGAAAAAUAAAUGGUGAACAUCCAUAUCUUUGUCAAAUUUUUUUAAAUGAUCAUAUUAAAAUUAUUGAACCAUUAUGGAAAGUAAUACCAAGUAAUAAAGCAAUAUUGCCUAUAUUAUGGUUAUUAUAUCCAAAUCAUCCAAAUCUUCUACGUAGUGAAUACGUAUUAACAAAUGAUUUAAAACAAGUACCUUUUGUUAAAAAACCAAUUGUUGGUCGUUGUGGUCAUAAUGUAACAUUAUAUGAUGUUAAUGGAGAUUCUGUUAUUGAUGAAACAAAAGGUAAAUUUGUUGAUAGAAAUUGUAUAUAUCAAGAAUUAUUUUCAUUAACAAAUUUUGAUGGUUAUUAUCCUAUUAUUGGUAGUUGGAUAGUACAUGGUUUAUUUGGUGGUUUUGGAAUACGUGAAGAUAAAAAAUUAAUUACAGACGCCGAUAGUCCAGUGACUGCUUGUUGUAUUGUAUGGAAAUGA